AUUUGUUGUGUGAACAAACAUGGGAAAAUUGUUGGAAUGACCAAUGACUACCUUGAUCGUGCUUUGGUGUGUUUUUUGCUUGAUUUUGGUUUUUUGAGGGCAGGAGACAAGAUCCUUUCAUCAUUUUAUGGUCUGAUACAUUACAAUGAAAAAUUAUCAUAACGGGAUAAAGAAACAUGAUCCUAGACUAUCCAUUGUCUUUCCUAAUCGCAUCCUAAAUUAAGGUCCUAGUCGUAGUCUCCAAUUUUGUAUUAGAGUAUUAUUUGUAAAACAUACUAAGCCAAAUUACAAAUCUAUUUAAUGGACAAUUCAAAUAAAUAUAAGGAAAAAUCCUGAAAAUCGAUAAUUUAAACUUGGGCGCAUGCUCCUUGUUCGUCCGUGCCUGUAUUUUUUUGGUUAUGUUAUUAUACACGAGCUUUUCCACUUAAGUAUAUUUGGUUCACUAAUUUACAGCAUAAACUACAAGAUUUGCUAAGUUAAAUGUUCAUUUUUCUCUAAAACAUUUUCCUAAACACGUGCUGUUUUUUAACAAUGGCGAACAAGUCCGAAGUCUUGUUGGCUUUCGAAGACGAACCCGUUACAGAAAAACACAAAGACUUAUUGAAUUUCACUGUAAAUAAAAUUGGAGGAACACCAGACCAUCCACGUAACAUCCACUUAAAUCCACCAAAAUGUCCUCUAUGUCACUUGACCAGGCCACUGGUUCUACAAAUCUACGCCCCAUUGAAUCCAGUGGUCCACAGAACCUUAUAUCUGUUUGCUUGUGUCAAUCCAAACUGCUGGAGCUUAAGCGAAAGUUGGCUAUGCAUCAGAGUCCAAACCCAAGAAGAAUUGAUAGACACAACAGAGAGCGUCCAAACACCUGCGGCUCCAGGCAAAACGAGUGCCACCGAUUGGUGCUCUGAAGCAGACGACUGGGGUGAAGAUAACGCAAACGGAAAUGAGGAAAAUGGCAAUUUGAUCAGCAUCAAUCUACCAGGAAAAGUUUCUGAUGAGGAAGAGGAAAGCUGCUCUUUGGAGGAUUCCAUUCAGUCCAGUUUUGGGAACCUCACUGUCGAUGAUAAAAAUGCCAAUAAGGGGGCGCAAGUGGGAGCAGUCGGCAGACUCCACUCCCCCCUAGCAACUGCCGAGAUCGAAGGCAACGAAGGGGAGGCGAUCACGAUCGACACGCCCACUUACCCUCAGCGCGACGUUGCCGCACUUCUUCAGGAAGCUGCAUCUCUGCCACCGGAGAUAUGCAGGGGACAGACUCAGGGUGUCGUGCAGUUCCAGCCCUACUUUUUGUCUGUUUGGGAAGAGGGGACUGAUAAGAGUUCUAUGGGGGUCAGUGACGUGCACGUUAAGGAACUUCUGCAGGAUUAUCAAAUGAAAACAGCAGAAAGUACUGACUCCAGUGGUCCAGACUCUGGGGGAGGUGACAAAACUGGAGGUGACGAGGCUUACGAGAAGUACGAAAAAAGUCAUCCAGCUCAUGGUGACAAGAUGUUCCACCAUUUCUUGUCUAAAGUUCAGGCUAAUAGCGGUCAAUUAUUAAGAUAUUCAAGAGAGUCCACGCCUCUACUUUUGUACCCCUUACAAGAACUACCGAAGAAAUGUCAAUACUGCCAGGGUGAGAUGGUAUUCGAAUUCCAAGUGAUUCCUACGAUAAUAUCAAAGUUACAACUGAUCACAGAUUCUAGACAUGUUGCUCGUCUAGAAUUCGGCACUGUACUUAUUUAUACUUGCAAAAAGAGUUGUUGGUCCACAGACACCUCGUUUAGAGUUGAAACUGCGAUCUUACAGAAUGAAGUAUAUUAAGCUAUGAAAGUAUGGAUUUUAAGUGGGUAUAUGCUUUGUGAAGUCAGACGUACCGAUUUUAUUGGAUUUUGGAAAGUGCAAAGAGUGUGUCUGAUCGUAUUAAAAAUAGUUUAUCUAUAAAAAAUUUGGAAUAAACUGUGGGAGUUUGAAAUUGAUAGAGGUAAUAAAAAAAUGACAAUUUCCAUUUCUACUUGAAAAAUAUUGUUCUCCAAAGUGGAAAAUCUGAUAUAGAUAAGAAAAAUGUGACAAAGUGACAUAUUCCGAUGGUGUCAAUUUUUAGAACGCUUAAGUGCUAGAUUCGAACCCGCAAGCUUUCCAGUCGAUUUGCCAGCAGCUGGAGGUCUAACUCUACACACCGUGUUACCCAGUUUCAAUAGACAUCAUGUUAGUAUCCAUUUUAAAUGUGAUUAUUAUGUAUAUCUUUUCAAUUAAAACGAAUCAAACUACGUAAUUUUUGGGCACUUAUGAACUUCUACUCUCAGUUGUUUAAAUAUAGGAUGUAAUCAAAAUAACUGAUAUCAAAUAUACAAGUGUUAGGUAUGAGAAUAUAGAGUAAUUCAAGAAUGUUUGAUUUCUGUGCGAUUUCGAUUGGCUAUAGAUGAGAAAUAAUAAAUAGCCAGAAUUUUGAACUGACGAAGUUGUAACCAAAGAUUCAAGUCGCUAGCGAAUAUGGCGUCAUUUGCAUUUACCUUCGUCUACGGCUGCCAUCGCCUAAAUUACCGACGCCGGACAAAAGUUUCAAAAAACCCGGUCACAAUAAAAAUAAAAACGUCGUAAUUAUUAAUUUUUUUUAUUAGUUCAAACAUUUUCUUAGCAAUGCAUUUAACAGUACUCUCCUCCUCUGAGGUGAUCUGAUAACAAAAAUAAUUAUUUACACUUUUCUUCUUGGCACCAAAUUAAAAACAAAUUAUAAUUGUAAUUUUUGGUUCUAUCUCCAUCUACAAACCAAAAUUACAACUAGAGUAUACUCACUGAAUCAAAGCAGUUACGUCACAACGUCAAAUAAUGACAGUGACGCACAUGGUUGCCACAUUACUUAAAACUACUAGAUCCUAGGAAAUGAACCACAAAUUAACAACAGCUGUUGGCGUAAUUACCUGACAAAAUUUGCGACAAUGUCACAACACAGAAAACUGUUGCCAACAUAAUUGUACCCGGGAAAUCCAGACUAUACGUACUAAUUUAGGAUCUAUUUUGCAUUAAUGUUGGCAGUCAAAUUUACUAAAUAUGACGUAACUGCUUUGUUUCAGUGAAAGGACUGUACUUAACUCAUCAAAGUCAUUAGUGCUCCUACCCACAACAGUACAUGCCAAUGUUCUGAGGCAGACAUAAGUGAGGGGGGGGGGGCACGUUCUUAUAAUAAAACAUGUUUUGUGUUGCUCCUCUUGUUUCAACUAUUUAUGGUAAGGUAAGUAAACGUCUCUGCUGAUCGAAUACGGCUUUCUACCCGCGAAAACGUGUAUUUUUUAACAUUAUGACAGUCUUUAGCGCUCUGUGCUGGAGACAACACGAUUUAGUUUGAUAUCAAAAGAGGUUUGUCGGGUUCAAACUGAAAUUUGACCUAACUCAACUUUCGUUACUGAGGCCAUCGAAGAGUAGUCAACUAGCUCCUUUUUCCAAAACAUGCGUGUGAAACCUGGAGAAAACUAAAAUGUAUCCAGCAAUCGUCAACGCCAAAAAUUCUCAAUGAUUUUAUUUUUCCCCAAAAAAAUCCCUCAGGACAUUAUAGCCCCCAAGAAUUCCCUAGGGGAGGUGUAAAUUUUUUCAAAAUUUGAGGGAAUUCCCUCAAUAUGGCAACCCUGCCACAUAUUCACUUCUUCGCCGGAGCGCCUGGCUGGUUAUACAGGGCGAAGCGAAUAUGCUUGUACAGGGUGAUGCGGGCCGUUGUACCGGGGUGAUGCGAGUCGUUUUACUGGGGUGAAAAACAAAACAUUUUUUGGAAGAUGCGUAUUAUAUUUCACAAGAGUCUCCUGGCACAAAAAGUGUCGGUUUUUGAAGAACAAUCGGGCUUGCUGGAAAUAUCCUUGAGCCAUUAUUAUAGAUUAGGAUUUAAGAAGAUAGCAACCUCAUACUGCAUUUCGGCGUUCAAAAAAUUAUCUGAGAUAACACGAGGUACCAUAGAUUCAUCUAACUUUCCCCUCUUCUGAAUAAUUAAUAAGCUAUCUUGAAAAGGUGAGUGUCUCAUAGAUGGCGCUGCAGCCAACUGUAUCACCAUAUAGUUCUUCAGAUACAAUAGGUUAAGCAAUAGGACACCCUGUAUACCGAACGUUUUUGCCUGACUAUAUCUGAUUAGAGGAAACUGGAAGUUUUCUAGAUGUGUCUACCUUAGAUUCUUUCCUCAAUAUUCACGCGUAUUUAGGCGCAUAAUAUUAAUCAUAAGAAGAUAUGAUAUAUCCUGAUACUUCUUUAUUACCUGUACAUUUUCUCAUUUCGUCGUAAUAGUCUGUAGUGAGAGUAGCAGAAAAUAUAAAAGUGGAGACAAUUUCGACGAUGACGUUUGACAACAGUAUACGUGGAAAAGAAAUGGCGUCAAAUAGUUGUUAAAAAAUAGUAAAUUCCCUACGUUGGAAUAUUAUUUGACUGUACUGUUUAGAUUGACUUAAAAAAUAAGCAGAUUAUGUUGUAUGUGUAUAUCAUAGCGUUUUGUUGAGAAAAAUAUUUUGAGGGCAGUAUUUUAGAUUUUUUCCGCCUUUUGUCAAACAUUCGCUGCUGUCGCCAUUAUUAGCCUCUUUCAAACGGACGGCUUUUGUAGAAAGGAACCAACCCAGAAAAACAAUUACUGAGCGAUUAGGCUUUAAAGUUUUGACAAUGAUAACAAACUCAUUUCAGACCAAACACGAUUUUAAUUAAUGGCAUACAAGGCUUUAAAUAUGUGUAUGGAUCUUUUUUACAGUAAAUGGUAUAGAUUUUUCAUAUGUGGUUGGUUGGUUCCUUUCUGCAAAAAGCCGUCCAAAUUAUGUUCAUUAUAUUGUACACAAACUAUCAGUAAAUACUAAUCAUUCGCAAAUUUCGAAGUACUUUAGUAUUUUUUCUAAUGCUAUUCAUAUAGGUAUGUAAGUAUGUGCCAAUUUUCUUAUUUUUGCUAAGUAGUAAAUAGCCUGAACGAUUUAAGUAUGUGAUAGAGCUAAUGCAAAAACAAGAUGCGUCCAUUUUUAAUUCCGUAUCUGUGUAUUCGCUAUAGCUAUAUUUGUAGUUUAAGUGAUCUAAUUUCGUGAUAUGCCGAUAUUAUCACACCUAGUUUUUAGAUAAUUGUAAAAUGACUUGUCCAAAUGAUUCAACUAAAUAGAUAGCAUAUAGUUAUGCCUAUAUACUGUCUGUCUUUUCUCAUUAUUAAAAAACACUAUUUAUUUAGCAAUAGACACAUAAAGACAUCUGUUUCGAAUGACGUGAGAAUCAAGUGAUCUGUAAUAACAAAUAAAUAUAUUUCAAACCUUUAUA